AUGGAUGACGAGACUCCUCAAAUAUUGGAAAUAAUAUUUUGUAACGAGAUCCGAAUGUUUGUUCGCAGCCACGGAGGUGUGCUGCAUCCCCCAAAGCAGUAUGGGACCUUCAAUUUGGAUCCUUAUCCAAUUCUGAUGAUUCCAUUUGGAGAUAAGUUAGCAGUAAAACCAGACCAACUAAUCAAGAGACGUGGCAAGCUUGGCUUGAUAAAAGUGAAUGUUGGGAUUGAUGAAGCUAGGAAAUGGAUAGAUGAAAGAAUGGGAAAGAACAUUGAGGUUGGAUCAUCGAGUGGACAUCUGAAAAGAUUCAUAAUUGAGCCAUUUGUACCUCAUAAACAGUCUGAGGAGUACUAUGUGUGCAUAUAUGCUCAACGAAACUGUGAUACCAUUCUUUUUCACCAUGAAGGAGGAGUUGAYAUUGGUGAUGUUGAUUCUAAGGCUGUGAAAUUAGACGUAGGAUUAGAAGAAAAAGUAACUGCUGUGUGGAUUGAAAAAUCUCUAAUGGCUAAUGUCCCAGAAAAACAAAGGAAGCCUCUGUCAGAAUUUGUGAAUUCCCUGUACUCCCUCUUUACCAAUUUGUAUUUCACAUACAUGGAAAUAAACCCCCUAGUGAUGGUAGAGGAAAAGGUUUAUGCUCUUGAUUUGGCUGCAAAGUUGGACCAAACAGCAGAAUAUAUUUGCAAGUCAAAAUGGGGUGAUAUUGAGUUUCCACCACCGUUCGGAAGGGAUGCCUACCCUGAGGAGGCUUAUAUUGCUGAACUUGAUGCCAAAAGUGGAGCUUCUCUAAAACUUACAAUUCUCAAUAGAAAAGGAAGAAUUUGGACCAUGGUAGCAGGUGGAGGUGCCUCAGUUAUUUACAGUGAUACUAUCUGUGACUUGGGRGGUGCAACUGAGCUGGCAAAUUAUGGUGAAUACUCUGGUGCCCCAUCAGAAUCACAAACAUUUGAGUAUGCAAAGACACUGUUGAAACUAAUGACAGAAGRCGAACCACGUCCUGAAGGAAAAAUUCUCAUCAUAGGAGGAGGAAUAGCAAAUUUUACAAAUGUCUCAGCAACAUUCAAGGGCAUUGUUCGUGCACUUGAAAACUUCCAGAAGAAGCUGCAUGAACACAAAGUUCAAAUCUUUGUCAGAAGAGGUGGACCAAACUAUCAAGAAGGACUAAGAGUUAUGAGAGAAGUUGGUKCACACCUAAACCUGGACAUGCAUGUGUUUGGYACAGAGACCCAUAUGACAGCUGUUGUAGGGAUGGCKUUAGGCAAGAGAGAAAUCCCACAAGCAAGUGCAUAUGAUUCAAAUGAUGCAGCAAACAUGUUUUUCAAUGCACAAAACAAUGUGGCAUCUCCAAGUGUAAAGCAGUCUAGAACACUGAGUCUGUCUGAUGCUUCUCAACCAUCAUUAACAAAACCCUCAAAUAGUAGCAAACAUCAAAUUUUCCACAGCAGAACUCGUGCAAUCAUUUGGGGGAUGCAGUCAAGAGCUGUCCAAGGUAUGCURGACUUUGAUUAUGUAUGUGAAAGAAAGUACCCCUCAGUGGCUGCAAUGGUGUAUCCAUUUAGUGGUAACCACAAACAGAAGUUUUACUACGGACAUAAAGAAAUCAUGAUUCCAGUGUACAAGGAAAUGAGUGAAGCAAUGAAYAAACACCCUGAUGCUGAUGUCAUGAUCAACUUUGCAUCACUUCGAUCUGCUUAUGAUUCAACCAUGGAAGCCAUGUCUUUCCCACAGAUUCGUACAAUUGCAAUCAUCGCGGAAGGAAUUCCAGAGGCCAAGACAAGAAUUCUUAAUAAGAGAGCUAUAGAGAAGGAUAUAAUGAUCAUUGGACCAGCGACGGUUGGAGGAAUUAAACCAGGUUGUUUUAAAAUUGGUAACACAGGAGGGAUGUUAGAYAACAUAUUGGCUUCUAAACUUUACCGUCCAGGAAGUGUUGCCUAUGUAUCUCGAUCUGGAGGAAUGUCAAAUGAACUSAACAACAUCAUAUCAAGAACCACUGAUGGGGUUUAUGAGGGUGUGGCUAUUGGAGGAGACAGGUAUCCMGGUACAAGAUUCAUAAAUCACGUCCUUCGUUACCAAGACAACCCAGCCAUCAAAAUGAUUGUUCUUCUUGGAGAGGUUGGCGGCCGAGAUGAAUACGAAAUCUGCGAAGAGAUAAAAAGUGGACGGAUUACAAAACCAUUGGUUGCUUGGUGCAUAGGGACAUGCGCAAAUCAGUUCACAUCUGAGGUUCAGUUUGGCCAUGCUGGGGCCAGUGCACACAGUGACCAAGAAACAGCAGUUGCCAAAAAUAAGGCGCUAAAAGAAGCCGGAGCACAUGUUCCCGAUAGCUUUGACUCGCUGUUUGAAAUYAUACGUUCUGUCUAUCAAGGCUUGGUUAAAGAUGGCACCAUUGUCCCUGCUCCUGAGAAGAAACCUCCCACAGUACCUAUGGAUUAUACGUGGGCUCAGGAGCUUGGUUUGAUUCGUAAGCCGUCGUCUUUCAUGUCAAGUAUUUGUGACGAGAGAGGAGCAGAGCUGUUGUAUGCUGGGAUGCCAAUCACGGAGAUAUUCAAGGAUGAGCUUGGUGUUGGAGGUGUCCUGGGACUGCUGUGGUUUCAACGUAGGUUACCUAAAUACGCAUGCGCCUUCAUUGAAAUGUGUCUAAUGAUCACCGCUGACCACGGACCAGCUGUUUCUGGUGCACACAACACAAUUGUAACAGCUCGAGCAGGAAAGGAUCUCGUCUCGUCGUUGGUGUCAGGACUCCUGACCAUUAAACCUAACCUUAUUUUAAAUGUGGACGGCUGUAUCGCUGUGUGCUUCGUCGAUCUUUUGCGCUCAUGUGGUGCUUUUACAAGRGAAGAGGCUGACGAGUACAUACAAAUCGGCUCCCUUAAUGGACUCUUCGUAUUAGGACGUUCAAUGGGUUUUAUCGGUCAUUAUUUGGAUCAAAAGAGACUCAAACAAGGACUUUAYCGUCAUCCUUGGGACGACAUUACGUACAUCAUGCCAGACCAUCUCAUUCCCGCUAGUUUCGAAUAAGAACGCUUUUUAAAAGCAAUGACUUCAUUAAAGAAUGGUUGUGAGAAGCAGSMGAUUGAGUGAACAAACACGACUAGAUGUCAUUCAUGUCUAUAAUAUGGAGCCAGUACCAACAUUUCCCAUUAAGACGCUAAAGGAUAAUCUAAUGCAGGAAAGACAUUCAAAUUAAAUGGUUUUAAAAUGUA